CGCCCAGACGAUGCGGGGGUGGGGGACCUGCGGGCACGCGACUCCCGUAAGCGCUGACCCCCUCCUCUGCUCUUCUCUACCUUAAGCCUCCCCAGAGGGCGUGUCGGGCGAUCCGGCCCCGAGCGCGGCCGAAUCGCCACUGCACGGUUUCCGUGCAACCCUGUACCCCCUUUGGAAGUGACAUACUUCGCGCAACUCGGCCGAGGGGCGGCGGUGCGCACCAACCCCGCUGCUCUGCCGCGGGCCGCGCCCCGGCGCCCCUAGCCCGCCCGCUGUCACCCGCAGGGGCGCUGGUGGCGCUUGCAGCAGAGGAACAGGGCGAGCUCCCCAGUGGGUCCGGAGCCACGGAGUUGGGCGGGGGCGGGAGGGUGGCAGCGAGAAGAGUAACUAGAGAAACUCGGCUUCUCUAAUAAGCUUGCCCCCAGAGAGACCAGCUGAUAUUCGCCGAUGGACUCCAAAGAAUCAUUAACAUCCCCUAACAGAGAAGAAGUCCCCAGCAGUGUACUUGGUUCAGAGAGGGGAAAUGUGAUGGACUUCUAUAAAACGCUAAGGGGAGGAGCUACUGUGAAGGUUUCUGCAUCUUUAACUUCACUGGCUGCAGCUUCUCAGUCAGACUCCAAGCAGCAAAGACUUUUGGUUGAUUUUUCAAAAGGCUCUGUAAGCCAUGCCCAACAGCCAGAUCUGUCCAAAGCAGUUUCACUCUCAAUGGGACUGUACAUGGGAGAGACAGAAACAAAAAUGAUGGGAAAUGACCUGGGAUUCCCACAGCAGGGCCAAAUCAGCCUUUCCUCUGGGGAAACAGACUUUCGACUUCUGGAAGAAAGUAUUGCAAACCUCAAUAGGUCCACUAGUGUUCCAGAGAACACUAAGAGUUCAGCAUCUGCUGCUGUGUCUGCUGCCCCCAUGGAGAAGGAGUUUCCUAAAACUCACUCUGAUGUGUCUUCAGAACAGCAAAAUCUAAAGGGCCAGACUGGUACCAACGGAGGCAAUGUGAAGCUGUAUACCACAGACCAAAGCACUUUUGACAUUUUACAGGAUUUGGAGUUUUCUUCUGGGUCCCCAAGUAAAGAGAUGAAUGAGAGUCCUUGGAGAUCAGACCUGUUGAUAGAUGAAAAUUGUUUGCUUUCUCCUUUGGCAGAAGAGGAUGAUCCAUUCCCUUUAGAAGGAAACUCAAAUGAAGACUGCAAGCCUCUCAUUUUACCGGACACUAAACCUAAAAUUAAGGAUAAUGGAGAUCUGAUCUUAUCAGGCCCCAACAGUGCACCACUGCCCCAAGUGAAAACAGAAAAAGAAGAUUUCAUUGAACUCUGUACCCCUGGGGUAAUUAAGCAAGAGAAACUGGGCCCAGUUUACUGUCAGGCAAGCUUUUCUGGGGCAAAUAUAAUUGGUAAUAAAAUGUCUGCCAUUUCUGUUCAUGGUGUGAGUACCUCUGGAGGACAGAUGUACCACUAUGACAUGAAUACAGCAUCCCUUUCUCAACAACAGGAUCAGAAGCCUAUUUUUAAUGUCAUUCCAUCAAUUCCUGUUGGUUCAGAAAAUUGGAAUAGAUGCCAAGGAUCUGGAGAUGAUAACCUGACUUCCUUGGGGACUAUGAACUUCCCUAGUCGUUCAGUUUUUUCUAAUGGAUAUUCAAGCCCUGGAAUGAGACCAGAUGUAAGCUCCCCUCCAUCUAGCUCCUCAACAACAACGGGACCACCUCCCAAACUCUGCCUGGUGUGCUCUGAUGAAGCUUCAGGAUGUCAUUACGGGGUCUUGACAUGUGGAAGCUGUAAAGUAUUCUUCAAAAGAGCAGUGGAAGGUAGACAGCACAAUUAUCUUUGUGCUGGAAGAAAUGAUUGUAUCAUUGAUAAAAUUCGAAGAAAAAACUGCCCUGCAUGCCGCUAUCGAAAAUGUCUUCAAGCUGGAAUGAACCUGGAAGCUCGAAAAACAAAGAAAAAAAUAAAAGGAAUUCAGCAAGCCACUACAGGAGUCUCACAAGACACUUCUGAAAAUCCUGCUAACAAAACAAUAGUUCCUGCAGCAUUACCACAACUCACACCUACCCUGGUGUCAUUGCUCGAAGUCAUUGAACCUGAGGUAUUAUAUGCAGGAUAUGAUAGCUCUAUUCCAGAUACGACUUGGAGGAUCAUGACCACACUCAACAUGUUAGGUGGGCGCCAAGUGAUUGCAGCAGUGAAGUGGGCAAAGGCAAUACCAGGAUUCAGGAACUUACACCUGGAUGACCAAAUGAUCCUCCUGCAGUACUCAUGGAUGUUUCUCAUGGCAUUUGCCCUGGGGUGGAGAUCAUACAGACAAUCAAAUGGAAACGUGCUAUGUUUUGCUCCUGAUCUGAUUAUUAAUGAACAGAGAAUGACUCUGCCCUACAUGUAUGAGCAAUGUAAACAUAUGCUAUAUGUUUCCUCUGAGUUACAAAGGCUUCAGGUAUCUUAUGAAGAGUAUCUCUGUAUGAAAACCUUACUGCUUCUCUCUUCAGUUCCUAAAGAAGGUUUGAAGAGCCAAGAACUGUUUGAUGAAAUCAGAAUGACCUACAUCAAAGAGCUAGGAAAAGCCAUUGUCAAAAGGGAAGGAAACUCCAGUCAGAACUGGCAACGGUUUUAUCAACUGACAAAACUUUUGGACUCCAUGCAUGAAGUGGCUGAAAAUCUCCUGAACUAUUGCUUCCAAACAUUUUUGGAUAAGACCAUGAAUAUUGAAUUCCCAGAGAUGUUAGCUGAAAUCAUCACCAAUCAGAUACCAAAAUAUUCAAAUGGAAAUGUAAAAAAACUUCUCUUUCAUCAAAAGUGACUGCCUUACUAAGAAAGGUUGCCUUAAAGAAAGUUGAAUUUAUAGCUUUUCUUGUACAAAUUACCAAUCUGAUCUGUAGAUGUUUUGUUGUUUUUUUCAUUUUUGUUUUUUUGGUUUUGUCGGUUUUCUUUUUUUCCUUAUAAAUACGCACUACAUGUGGUUUAUAGAGGGCCAAGACUUGGCAACAGAAGCAGUUGAGUCAUCACUUUUUAAGUGACGGGAAAGUAGACAGUCAAACUUACCAGGUGGUAUAUCCCAGAAAUUAGAAACAAUAAUGUAAGGGCAAUCUCUACUGUCAGGAAAGGAUGGCACCUAAACCACCAGUGCCCAAAGUCCCUGUGAUGAACUUCAUGCUCAUACUUUUCAGUUGGCUGGAUAAAUUUCUAGACUUUUUGUUGAUGUAUUUCCCCAUGUAUAGUUAGGAUAGCAUUUUUGAUUUAUGCAUGGAAACCUGAAAAAAAGUUUACAAGUGUAUAUCAGAAAAGGGAAGUUGUGCCUUUUAUAGCUAUUACUGUCUAGUUUUAACAAUUUCCUUUAUAUUCAGUAAACUAUGCUUGCUCAUUUUUUUCUUACAUAAUUUUUGUAUUCAAGUUAUUGUACAGCUGUUUAAGAUGGGCAGCUAGUUCAUAGCUUUCCUAAAUAAACUCUAAACAUUAAUCUUCUGUGUGAAAAUGGGUUGGUGCUUCUAACCUGAUGGCACUUAGCUAUCAGAAGACCACAAAAAUUGACUCAAAUCUCCAGUAUUCUUGUCAAAAAAAGCUCAUAUUUUGUAUAUAUCUGCUUCAGUGGAGAACUAUAUAGGUUGUGAAAAUUAACCGUCCUAACUGGUAUAGAGCACCUAAGUCCAGUGACCUACUGGGUAAACUGUGGAUGAUGGCUGCAAAAGACUAAUUUUAAAAAGUAAUAACUACCAAGAGGCCCUCUUUGUACCUUAUGCCCUAUCUCUGCAAUGGUUAGGUGGCAAGAAGAUUGAUAAUCUAAUUCUUUUUCGGGACCUUUUGUAGUAGUUUGAAUAACUUCUUAAAAGUUAUAAUUCCAGAUAACAGUUGUAACACAGCUAAGAGAUUUUUAAUCAGACCAAGUAAUUUUCUCUCAUUAAACUUUACCCAAAAACUUAAUCUCCAGUAUGGCAAAAGUGGCUAGAUACCCAUUUUCACAUUCCCAUCUGUCACCAAUUGGUCUAACUUUCCUGGUAAUACAGGAAAGCUCAGCUACUGAUUUUUGUGAUUUAGAACUGAAUGUCAGAUUAUCAACGUUUGUAUAAUUUCACAUCCCUACGUGUGCCAUAGAAUUUAACACAAGUCUUGUGAAUUUCUUCACUGUUGAGAAUUGUCAUUUUAAACAAAACAGAAGCUGUAGUAGCCCUUUCUGUGUGCACCUUACCAACUUUAUGUAAAUUCAAAACAACAUAUUUACUAAGCCACAAGAAAUCUGAUUUCUAUUCAAGGUGGCCAAAUUAUUUGUGUAAUAGAAAACUGAAAAUCUAAUAUUAAAAAUAUGAAACUUCUAAUAUAUUUUUAUAUUUAGUUAUAGUUUCAGAUAUAUAUCAUAUUGGUAUUCACUAAUCUGGGAAGGGAAGGGCUACUGCAGCUUUACAUGCAAUUUAUUAAAAUGAUUGUACAAUAGCUUGUAUAGUGUAAAAUAAGAGUGAUUUUUAGAUGAGAUUGUUUUAUCACGACAUGUUAUAUAUUUUUUGUAGGGGUCAAAGAAAUGUUGAUGGAUAACCUAUAUGAUUUAUAGUGUGUACAAGCAUUCAUACAGGCAGCAGUGGUCUCAGACACCAAACAGAUUUGAUCUAGGGGAAGGAGAUGAAAACUGGCCCCAUGUUCAAGUGAAGGUGGGUGAGGCUCUGACCCAAUCAGAUCACAGAGGGAAGUAAUCCUUGGCCUCCCAUUCUGACCACCCUUCUCAUUCCAACAGUGAGACUGUCAGGGCAGGUUUGGUUUACUAAAUCUCUUCGCACUGAAGUAUGUAAGCACGGGACAGAAAGGUGGUGCUUACAUACUUAACAGGCACCAUCUAAAUAACAGGGUUACUUUCACAUACAGCCUCUCCAACAGGUUAAUAAAACCAGAGGCUUUAGAAGUUUGGCAAUAAUAUGCACAGAGGUACCAGCAAUAUGUAAAUAGGGCAAAAUCUCUAGGAUACCAAUAAUACACUAAUUCCUUUCUACCCUACAACAAGAGUUCAUUUCUAAGUAGAAUGAGGAACAUGUUUAUGUUUUCUUUGAAUGCUUUUGAAUGUUGUUUGUUAUUUUCAGUAUUUUAAAGAAAUUAUUUAAUAAAAAAUGUAAUCCUUUGCUUUUUGAAUGCUCUCUAAAAGGGAAUGUUCCUUUAUUAAUGAUUUAAAUUGAUCUCAAAGUUCUUAAGAUAUGGUUUGUAACCCAACUGGAUGUGAAAUUUACGGUGCCUAAGAAAUACCACUUGAAUAUUAUCAAUGACAGUGUUAAGUUUCAAAAAGAGAUUCUCAAAAGUAGAUUAUUAAUCAUUUAUAGUAUGUUAUGGUUAAAACCAGAAAGCACAUCACACAUUAAUCCUACUUCAGUCAUAAUCACUUUGGCUUUCAAAAAAAUAGAGCUCAGAAUUUAAAAAAACAGAAUGCGUGCACUUUAUUGUCAACAAAAAGCCAACUGAUAUUCAUAAAACAAGUAUAAAAGGCUUUACAUUAAAUGGAAAAAGAAGUUAUGCUCUUAGAAUACAUGAGAAAGAAUUAUCUGAAUUUUAAGCAUAAUAGACUUAAGUGAAAAGAAGAGUGUUGUUUGAAAGCAGCUUCAUUUUCUACAGCAUGUCAUUUUCGCCAUCCGUAACUAUUAAGGUUUAUAGUGACUUUCAGUAAGAGUCCAUGGCAUGCCUAGAUGACUCAUAACAAAUCCUGAAAAAUACUUUUAAUUACUGGUAGAAAAAAGUGAUCCUCUCAGUGUUUUUUAGGCAUUACUGUGGGAUACUAUACAAUCAUAACUGAGGAGAAGGACUUGAGGCUUGGGGAUAGAUACACACACACACACACACCCAUCUGUGUAAAAUUGGGGAAGGGUAGCCUGAAGGAGCUCACCUGCCUUCUCUUGGUGGGGAGGGUAACUUCACCACUCCAAAAGGAGAACUAGCAUGAUUGGUUAGUGUCUUCAAAGAGCAUAAUAAUGAACACAGGAUAAGACUCUGGGCAAGCACAUAAAAGAAAGCCUCACUUCAGAAUUUGGGAGGACGGGGACAAUGAGGGAGAGAAAGGGGAGGGGAGGAACAAUUCCAAUUUUAUUUAAGUCUUAUUUUAGUUCCCUUUUAAAUAUAUUUUAAAAACUACAUCUCCGUGAAAUGAACAAUAUUUUUAUACUUUGAUUUGUCAAAAUCCAAUAAUCAUGGUAGCCAUCAGUGAGAUUUUUGAUCUUGGUUGGUCACCCCAACAAAUGUAGCUGUAGAUGAAUGUGUUUUUAUGUGCCUGGUUUCAGUGAGGGAAGAGGAAAUAAAAGUGUAUGGAAACACUUUAAACCACUUUAGAUAGAAGUUUUAUUUUCCAGACUAUUUUCAAUUAACCUGGUCUAAGGAAUAGUGACUAGGUUUUCAGGAAAGGAUUAGCUUCUCUCUAGAAAAUGUCUGAAAGAAGGAUUUUAUUUUCUGAUGAAAGGCUGUAUGAAAAUACCCUCCUAAAAUAACUUGCUUAACUACAUAUAGAUUCAAGUGUGUCAAUAUUCUAUUUUGUAUAUUAAACAAAUGCUAUAUAAUGGGGACAAAUCUAUAUUAUACUGUGUAUGGCAUUAUUAAGAAGCUUUUUCAUUAUUUUUUAUCACAGUAAUUUUAAAAUGUGUAAAAAUUAAAACCAGUGACUCCUGUUUAAAAAUAAAAGUUGUAGUUUUCUAUUCAUGCUCAAUAAUAAUCUGUAGUUUAAAAAAAUGUCUUUUUACCUAUGCAGUGAAAUGUCAGACUGUAAUAUUUUGUGUGGAAAUGUUUAACUUUUAUUUUUCAUUUAAAUUCGCUGUUCUGGUAUUAUCAAACCACACAUUUGUACUGAAUUGGCAGUAAAUGUUAGUUAGCCAUUUACAGCAAUGCCAAAUAUGGAGAAACAUCAUAAUAAAGAAAAUCUGCUUUUUAUCA